GGUGGCGGGUCCCGAGGCGGGUCCUGGGCGGCGGGCGGGGCGCCGCGGCCGAGGCCCGGAAGCGGUCCGAGGCCGCCCGGUCCUCGUCGUCUGGCCGCCAUGGACGAGGCAGACCGGCAGCUCCUGCGGCGAUGCCGGGUGCGGCUGGUCCGCGAGCUGCAGGUGGCCUCGCUCUGGGACGUUCUGCUGUCCCGCCAGCUCUUCACGCCCGCCAUGAUCGAGGACAUUCAGCAUGCAGGCUCGGGAUCUCGGAGCGAUCAGGUCAGGCAGCUGGUCAUAGAUCUAGAGACCCGAGGGAGUCAGGCCCUUCCUUUGUUCAUCUCCUGCUUAGAGGACACAGACCAGGACGUGCUGGCUUCAUUCCUGAGAAUGAGUCGGCAAGAAGAAAAGCAGAAUCCAGAGGCUGUCAGACCCCUGAACCUCAGGCCUGUGGUGCUUGGACCAAUGGGCCUCACACCAGAGGAUCUCAGAGAGAAGACGGGUCCAUUAAAGUCGACUCCGAGAAAACUCGCUCCAGUGGUGCUGGGGCCUGAGCAGCUCUGGCCAGCCAAGCUCAGGCCAGAGGUUCUCAGACCAGAGGUGCCCAGGCCAGUGGACAAUUGUUCUGAUGUCUGUGCUCAAGAGAUUUCCAAGCAAAAUCCUGAUUUGGCCUACGCCCUGAACGCAGACCCCUGCGGCCACUGCCUCAUCAUCAACAACGUGAACUUCUGCCUCGAGUCGAGGCUCACGGCCCGCACCGGCUCCAAUAUCGACUGUGAAAAGCUGCAGCGACGCUUCCGCUUGCUGCAUUUCACGGUGGAGGUGAAGUGCGACCUGAUGGCCAAGUGUUGGCCCCGGGAGCAGGGAAGGUGCUCUGCCCAGGCGGGCCCAGCGUGGGGACCGGAUCCAUCAGUGCUCCAGCUCAUCUGCCACCUUCUCUCGCAGCAAAUGGUCCAGGCUUUGGUGGAGCUGGCGCGGCGGGACCACAGCGGCCUGGACUGCUGCGUGGUGGUUGUCCUCUCUCACGGCUGUCAGGCCAGCCACCGCCAGUUCCCAGGGGCGGUUUAUGGCACGGAUGGAUGUCUUGUGUCCAUCGAGAAAAUUGUGAACAUCUUCAAUGGAGCCAGCUGCCCCAGCUUGGGAGGGAAGCCCAAGCUCUUCUUCAUCCAGGCCUGUGGUGGGGAGCAGAAAGACCAUGGGUUUGAGGUGGCCUGUGCUUCCCCUGAAGACAGGACCUCUGGCAGUGACCCGGAGUCAGACGCUGUCCUGUUCCAGGAAGGCCCAGGCUCCUUUGACCAGCCGGACGCCGUGUCUAGUUUGCCCACACCCAGUGACAUCUUCGUGUCCUACUCCACCUUCCCAGGCUUUGUUUCCUGGAGGGAUACCAGGAGAGGCUCCUGGUACGUGGAGACCUUGGAUGGGGUUUUUGAGCAGUGGGCUCACUCUGAAGACCUGCAGACCCUCCUGCUCAGGGUCGCUAAUGCUGUUUCGCAGAAAGGGAUUUACAAACAGAUUCCCGGUUGUUUCAAUUUCCUCCGGAAAAAACUCUUUUUUAAAAUGUGAUGCGGGCCAGAGCCCCUCCGCCUCUCACCCUGCUUUACUGUUAACCCCAAAACCUUCCUGCUCCGGGCCCACGGCAGCCGAGGCCAGGUCUGUUCUAUGGCUGUGGCUGUCGUUCUUUCAAGGGGUUUGUGGCCUCUCGUGGGUCUGCUCUUUCCCCACCAGUGCCAGACAGGCUCUUAGCAGCUUCCACGUUGGAGACAAAUGACCUGCGAGAGGAAGAGGGGCAGAAGACUACCAAGGACACUGCAGGACUCUUCCCAGCAGCCCUUUCUCCAGCCAGUGGCUGGGGCCUGUGACCCCAUGGUUGUCUCUACAGGAAGGCUUUUGACUUCAGUACUAUUGACAUUUGGGGCCAGAUAAUCCUUUGUUGUGGGGCCGUCCUGUGCGCUGUAAGAUGUUGAGCAGCGUCCCUGGCCUCUGCCCAUAGAUGCCUGUACACCCCUCCCCGAGUAGUAACGACCAAAAAUGUCUUCAGACACUGCCAGAUGUCCCCCCAAGGGGCCCCACUUGAGAACCACUGAUCCAAAGGAAGUUUUGGUUACAAACAAAUCAGCGUCUCUCUUAGAUCAGCAAGUAUGGGGCUACUGGAGUCUGAACAGUUGGAGUCUGCAAAUCCUAAGUGAAGUUUUAAAAGUUACCUAUUUUUCUUAUGUUCUAGUAUGCUUAAAAAAAUCUUAGGUGAAUAUGGACCCCCCCCCCUUUUUUUUUUUUGCCUAUUCCCCCCUCACUUUGUUCCAACUGUUUGUUUUUCCUUAUAAAGGAGAUUUUUUGCUUUUUUUAAUUUUAAUUUUUUUUUUAAAGAUUCAUUUAUCUGAGAGAGAGAGAGUGCACAUAGAGAGGGGAGGGGCAGAGGGAGAGGGAGAGAAGGUCUCCAACAGACUCCAUGCUGAGCUCAGAGCCCAAUUCCAGGCUUGAUCCCACGACCCUGAGAUCACGACGUGAGCCGAAACCAGGAGUCAGAUGCUCAACUGACUGCGCCAUACAGGCGCCCCAGAUUUUUGCUUUUUUAAAAACAUUUCCCCGCCUCUUACUUUAUUUGAACCCCACCCCAUCCAGAAAGGUGACUGGGCUGGGAGCUGUGUCCUCAGGGCAGUGAAGUCACCGGUCUAAGGGAACGCAGGUAAGGCCCCAUCCCUGAGGUCUUGUAAGCUCUCCUGACCCUGGCCAAUUUGUAGCUUUCAGGGCCUUGGACAUGAGGCUUAUUUGUUAAGACUCACCAAGAUGGGAUUCAUGAGGUUGUCACCUCAUUAUUAUUUUCCUCCUGUGACCUUUCCAAGUCUGAACUAGUCCCCGGGACUACUGGUGGUUAGUAAUUUGCAGUCACCUGCAGGACAUAUAAAAGAAAAUAAUCAGGUUGACCCAGCAGAGCAGAACUGCGCUUGGCAGUUUCCUGGCUUACUCCCUCCAGGCUCUGCGCUCGCUGCUCGUGUGAAUCAGGUGGUCUUCGCUUGGGGGGCCCUAGUGACGUUCAGGAGAACGAGAUGUUAUCACAGCUCUUCAUAGACCUGCUGGGGGUACUUAGCCUGAGGUUCUGUUUGGACUUCAGGGCAGCGGGCCUACGAACUCCUAAAAAUCAGAUGCUGAAUGUAUGGAUGGUUUUUAGAUGUCAUUUGUUUCUCAAAGCGAUCGAGAGCCCCGAAAGGGUUAAACCAGCGGUGCUGUUUGCAGGGCACUGUUCUGUGUUGCUUUUAGGGGCCGUUUAGCAGUAUCUGUUGAACCUUUUACUGGGCCAACUCUGUCAUUCAGUGAUGCUGCUGGAGCUCCCCAGCGCAGAUACUUGGCUCUUGUGCAAGAGUGUGUGUCCAAGGGGGUUCACUGCAGCAAUGGGAGAGAGGACGAUAGGGAACUGAUGAAAGUGUCACUCGUUAUGGUCAUAAUACGGAAUAUUACUGAGCUGUCCAAAAGGAUGACCUGAUACGUAAAAUGUGAUACGGUGUUAGGUGAAAAGACUCAGUUGCAGGACAGUAUGAAGAGUGAAAUGCUAUUUUUGGUUAGAAGAUAUUCUAUAUUAAUGUACAGAGAGAGAUACUUGAUAUAGGCAUAUACAUAAAGUCCGGAAGACCAUCCACCCUGCUGUUAAUGGUGAUUAUCUCUGGGAGGUGCGAUUGGAGAUGUAAAAUGAGGGGGACUUUCCUUUUUUUUACUGGGUACACUCCUAUAUUCUUCUAAUAUUCUGACAAAGACAAUGUAUUACCUUCUCAAAUAAAAAUAAACAUUCAGCUGCUGGAUGCUGAA